UGUUAGAAAGAUAUAUAUCUGCAUAUGUAUAAAAUAAUGCAAGCUUUAUUUAUUGUAGUUCAGUUGGUACUUAGUUAUUAAAGAAAAUGGUUGAUUCCCUUGACAGUAACAGUCGCAACAAUACCUUGGAAGAAUUAGUUAAUAAUUCUAAUCGUGCACCGGUAGACUACACGGUUCAGGAUGCAAGAAAGAAACCGGAUACCGCCUUUCUGUAUUUUUCUACCCUUACAGCAAAUCUACUGUUAUUCUCCUGUUCAAAUUUCCAUGUUUGGACAUCUCCAACUCUUCCCAAAUUAUUAUCCAAUGAUACAUUAAUCAAUCCAGUAGGCAGACCAAUAAAUACCUUGGAAGUAUCUUUACUAGCAGGAUUUCCAUUCUUCGUUGGUUUGAUGGGAUCAAUUUUUUCAGGCACCAUAGCUGAUACUGUUGGUAGAAAGAGCGUUAUGCUAUAUGCAGCCAUAACAGUCAUAAUGUGUAGCGUAACCAUAUCAGCCAGCAAAGAUAUUUAUGUAUACAUAGUAGCUAGAUGUAUUAUUUUCGUCUGUUACUCAAGUGCACUUGUUUUAGUGCCAUUGUACCUUACAGAAGUUUGCGAAGAUCACAACCGAGCAAAAUUUGGUUGUUUAAUGGGUAUAAGUAUGCCUGCAGGGCAUCUUUACAGUUAUGUUACAGGAGCUAAAACAAGUCUACCGGUAUAUACACUACUUUGUGCAGCACCAUUAGUACUAUUCUUGAUAGCUGUUUUACUAUUUGUGCCAGAAACACCAGUAUACUUGAUUGCCAAAGGAAAAAUAAAAAUAGCUUUAAAAGUAUUAGAAAAACUACGCAGAAAUAAACAACAACAAGAAAUUGAAAGAGAUUUUGAAAAAAUAAAUGAUAAUUAUAAAACUAAACGAAACAGUGUAACAGUAUCUGUGGUAGUAUUGCUAAAAUCAAAAGUAAAUCGAAAAGCAAUAAUACUGGCAAUAUUACCCAUGUGGGUUCAGCAUUUAUCUGGAGUUACUGUUAUUAUGCAGUUUAUGGUGCCAAUUUUUGACGAAGCAGGAACUAACUUAUCUGGAACUACAGUAUCAGUGAUAGCAGGAACAAUAAAAAUUAUAAUGUUCAUUAUCACGGCCCUAUUUGUUGAAAAGACUGGAAGAAGACCCUUGCUGUUACUAUCUGGAUAUGGUACUGGAGUCUCCCUUUUCCUUCUUGGACUUUUUUUAUAUUGGAACCAUAUAAAAUGGCAGUUCUUAUCUCACGUAGUGUGGCUGCCAAUUUUGUGCCUACUUUUAAAUCUAAUUGUAUACUCAAUAGGCUUAGGACCGAUUCCUAUGGCAGUUAUGAGUGAAUUAUUUGAUAGCAAAUUUAGACCAGUCGCAUUAUCUUUUUUAGUAACUCUUAAUGGCAUUCUUGUUUCUGCUCUUAAUUUUUUGUUCCCAAUUCUAGAACGCAAUUUUGGAACACAUUGUUGUAUGUGGUUAUUUAGUAUUUGUUGUUUUGGGGGAACAACUUUAAUUUAUUUUUACCUACCAGAAACUAAGGGUAAAAGCAUUAGUGAAAUUCAAAAAUUGUUAAAUAAAUAGUAUAUACAGGGUGAUCAACUUUUCUGACAAAACCGUUAGACAUGAAUAUGAAGUUGUUUUUGUUGUAUGGGGUAUUUAAAGACUAAUAUCCAAAUUUCACUGAAAAUCUUAACCAAUUCAACGACCUAUAUAAUUGAAAAGGGGUUCAAAAACUACGACCUGUUAUGGCUAUAAUUUCUAAAUGAUUAUCAAAAUUUUUAAAAUUGAUUGAGUUUGCUAAUAUUCUUUAAAUCCAAUGCAGGGUAAGUCCAAACACAAAUUUAUUAUUUGCUCAGUAUUUUUAAAUGCAUUACCCUACAUUUUAUUUCACCAUCAUAACCUUAACUAACUGUAGGUUAAUUUUUCCUAAGUAUUUCCUAUCCUUAGGUAUACUUAACAGUUUUGAAGAUAUUUUAAAUUGUAGUGGAAAAAGUAGUAUUUCAUUAAUUAAAUGUAUUAUUUUUAUUUACAAAUAUUUAAAAGCAAUACAAAUUAAAAAAAAAUUAAUUAAAGAAAUGGUAUUUUGUUGUAGCAGUUGUUGUUCGAACAUAAGAGCAAAAGAAUUCAAUGUGACAAUCAUCAUCUCAGCAAACUUAAGCAAGAAUAAUCAACAAAGAACGAAUCAGAUGUAAAAUAGACAUUGAUGACAUCAGUAUUGAACAAAUACCUAAUGGAAUAAAAUACCUGGGAAUAACAGUAUCCAGCUACACAGGUUUGAACAAAGAUGUGAGAAAUCAAGUACCAAAAGUAAAGAGAUUGACAGGAUGCCUUAAUAACAUUAUAUGACGAUACCCCCAAAGGAGAGAGCGACAAUAACACUAAUAACACUAUAUGACGAUACCCACUGGAAACUGCAGAGAUGAUAAUACUGAGAAGAAUUACAGGAAAUACGCUGAGAGAUCGAAAGAGGAGUGAAGAUAUUACAAGAAAAUUUAACGUGCAGUUUAUAAACGAAUGGACACUAAAUAGAAAAAAGAAUGGAAUAACCACAUAAGCAGAAUGAAUAAGGGAGACUCAUGAGGUCAAAAUAGCGAGAGAUAAAUCACCAAUCAGUAAAAAAUUAUCGGCCGACCCCGCAAAAGAUGGAACCUUCCAUAGAUGUAUCAAUCCGGCAAUGAACAAGUAGAAAUUGCUUAUAAAGAGGAAGAAGAAGUAGAAGAAGUUGUUCCAAUUUAGCUUCAGACUUGAAGACUGUUUUCAAAUGAUCUACUUACGUUUGUAAGCAUUUGUGGGGGAACGUUAUGAAAUUCGUUUCUACAUAAAUUCUGACCUGCCUGUCAUCAGUUGUUGUUGGAGGUCACGGUAUACUAGAUCUUCAAUAUAGCCUAGCAGAAGAAAUUGACUUUACUUAAUUCUGGUAAUCAAGCUGACCAUUGGAUUGAUCCUUCUGUUACUAUCCAUCAAUUAGGAAAUUGCUCAUUAAAUUUACCUUAUAAGUGACAUAUGAUGAGGAGUUCGGUCAUGUAAUCAAUACCAUAAUAAUUGAGGGGGUCAGACGUAAAAGGGUUUAAGUGCAGUUUUGAUAGUUGUGAGAUAAUCAGCUUCAAAGCUUUGAGUUUCAUCAAUUCUAAAAGUCAUUAAACUAAAAUAUGUCUAGUGCACAAUGUUCUGUAAAAUGAUAAAAAUAUCUCUUAUUAUUUCGUUAUUACUCUUACUAUAUCCUUCCUUUUUUUCAAUUAUUAAAAAAAUGUACUUGAAUCGGUACAUGGUGUUGAUAAAUGUUGCUGGUAAAACGGUUCAAAUGCAGAUGUUAACUAUUAUACUAAUCAUUUUUAUCCCAGCUGUUAUCCACAGUAUAACUACAACUGGCACAUUGCAUAAUACUUAAUUAGUUUUCAAAAUUCGGUACAAAUCUAAUAUUUAUUUACUUGAAAUUAGUCCUGUAUUAACCUGAGGUUUUUACAGAAUACUAAAAAUAGUUUUGUGGUAAAACGGUUCAAGUGCUUAAACUUAAACCCGUUUACUACUACUACUUGUUUUUACAGAAUUAUAAAAAUAAUUUUGUGGUAAAACGGUUCAAGCGUACUUAAACCCAUUUACCACCAAUGCAAAAUGCAAUUGUUUUCAUUAAAUUUAAUGUAAUGGCGAUAGAUCGCGACUGUAGGGCGAAAUAUGCUUGAAUCCUUUUACCACCAAGUUAAAAUACCAUUUAAGUAUGCGAAUCUGUAUUUGAGCUUAUUUUUGGAAAAGUGCACUCAAACCCUUUUACUUCUAACCCCCUCAAUUGUUAAAGAAUCUUUUUUCCCUAAGUUAAUGGCGCUGGCAGAGCUGGCGCUGGCAGAGCCAAAAGGGCCCAGGCAUUGUUAACGGAUCUUGAGUGACAGGUUUUCAAAUAAAAUAGUUAAAUGCUUUACUAAAAAAAAGCAAAGAACUUCUCCGUUUACUGUUACCGUCUCAAACAUUUAAGAAUCACCUAGUUUAACUCUUCGUAAUUAUGUAGUACGGAUUUUAUGUGGAGUAAUAGGGAAAGAUAAGCCAAUUGACAAUAUGUUUUUGUGAAACGUUGCUUCAUCUUCCAAUAAAACAAAAUCGAAAAAUUUCUUUGUACAAUUUAUGUUUUGCUGUGCCCAUUCACAUAAAUCUAUCUUCUUUCAAAACCAUUUUUGCAGUCCGUAAAAAUAGAUCCGUAAAUACGUAAUGUCUUGCUCACUUGUAAUAUUUCGGAUACUUGUAUGAUGAUACUAAGUAUCCUCAUAUAUGUAAUAUUUAAUUCGUCUUCUUCUGUUAUAACCGUUUUUGUUUUUUUCUUUAGUCUCAUAUAACAUAUAACUCUAAGCCAUUGUGAUUGAAAAAUCUAUCCGUUUCAUUUUGAAAUGCUGGCUUUCGGUUGCCAACUAUCUGCAUAUCGCUGAUAAUAGACUCUUGCCCCAGGUAAACAGCUCUUAUUGUAUUUACCAUGUUUACCAUGACAUAUUAUGUCUACCUACUAUCAGUUCUUUCCUUUCAAAAUUCAUUGUUGACUGUUGUAAAAUAAUUAAAAUUGAAUACAAUGUUAAAACAAUGUACUAUGUAAUCUAAAACUGAACUGUCAAUUUGUGAAACAUACCUUCAUAGCUAGCUUGAUCUGAACGAAUAUUUCAAACACAUUCUAUAAAGAAAAUAAUUCCUUUAUUUUAUUUUGUUUGUGUGUUGCUUGAAAUAUUUAUAAAUAGUAACGUAAAUAAAAAUAAUAAAUCUAAUUCAUGAAAUACCCCUAUUGGAUAGCUAUUGGAUAUACGCGUAUGAAAUACUUAGGACAAAAAUUAAACAACGUUGACUUUAGUUUAUGACAGAGAUAUAAAAUACAGAGCGAUGCAUUUAAAAAUAUUGAGCAAAUAAUGAAUUUGUGUUUUGACUUGUCCUGUAUUAGGUUUAAAGCAUAUUAGCAAAAUCAAUUAAUUUUAUAAAUUUUGACAAUCAUUUAAAAACUAAAUCAUAACAAAUCGUAACUUUUAAAUUAUACAGGGCACAGGGCCGUAAGUACAAUGUUGGGGGCCCCGAGGCAAACGUGAUCUGGGGGCCCCCUACCGGGGGGUCCCCAUCUCUCAUCUGUAAUUAUCUGGAAAACGUUUUACGAAGUUGAUUAAUUCGUUUUAAAGAUCUUGUUCGUUUCCAUUCAAAAUAAAAUCAGUUAAAAUCAACAAAAUCAGACUUCCAGAUUCCAGUGGAAUCUGGAAGUCUUUCAUCUUCGCACAUUUCAUCGAAAUAUUUAUUCGUCUUCUGCAUUCUUUUUGAAGCGAACCCUACUGGUAUUCCCCAACGUUGACACAUAUUUGAAGCCUCUUCAAAGAAAGUUUUAAGUUGUCCUCUCAUUUCAUUUAGUUUUAAGAGGCUCUCUUCAAGUAAACUGUAAACUCUUAAAAGGUCCAAAGAUUUUGAUGGCAGUGUUUUCGAGACUUAGUUGAGGAUUUCAAGGAUUUUAUUUUGCGCAACUAGUAACAAAACAGAUUUGAAUGAUUCUAGUUUUUUUUUUUCAGUUGUGCCGCUUUGUCUCUUUGAUUUCUUUUGUUACUACUUGUAAAAACUAGAUUUGACAGGCACUUCAAAACAUCGCAAAAUCUGUGUUUCAAUGCAUUGACUGCAUCAAAUCUUCUAGCCCAGAGUGUUGGAUUGAGAGGUUUGAGAGUCACUUUCGAGGGACAUCUUUCAGAUUGUUAUAGACGGAGAGGCAGCGCUGAAAAAUCUAUUUAAAUUUACUAAAGCUAGAUUUUUCACAGUUGAUUACUGUGAGUGUGUAGAGAAACAUACUGCGGUCGGUCAAGCGAAACGUAGAACAGGGGUUACUGAGAGGGUAUCAAAGUUGCUUUCCUACGAAGGUAAUUAUUUCCAUUUACUAAGGCUGAAAAUCAGUACACACAUUCUAAAUUAAAUAUAAAUAAAAGUUAUUAUAG